UGUUUUGUUUUGUUUUGCUUAUUUUAUCGUGCUUCUGAAGAGAAUAACUUGGAACAAUGUUUUUCAUCCUUCUGGUUGUUUCUUUGAUGAGUUUUCUACAUGACUUCCAUGUCUCCAGUUGUGAUGAAAACUGUCCAGAUAAACCUGUGUUCAACCCAUCCAGACUGGUAGUGAAGUAUGGUGACCCAGUCUCUGUCACAUGCUCGAUAUGCCAGUCUUACCAAGACUAUUAUUUGGAGUUGGUAAACUAUAUGGGAAACCAUACAAGAAAUAGAACCACAAUUUUAUGGGAGGUUGAAAACAUGACUGAAUGGAGGACAUUAACCAAAUGCUGUCAUAUUAAUGCUACUGAUUACUGUUGUUGUAGCAAGCUGCCUAUAACUGUGUACAAGCCUCCAGACAAUGUGUCCUUCAGCUUUAGGAAUCACUCUGGACCGUUGUUAGAGGGUCAUCAGUACACUCUGCAGUGUGAAGUACACAACGUUGCUCCUGUUGAAAACCUCAUUGUGACCUUCUACAGAGGACAGACAGCACUGGGUCAACUACAGUCCAACAACAUAGAGAAGAAACCAGUGACUGAGAUCUUCACUCUGAGCUUCAACACCAAAAAAGAAGAUGAUGGAGUCCAGUAUUGGUGUGAGGCCAAACUGGAACUGGGACCUGAAGGACCACAGCCCCCUCCAGUGGUGACGUCAGAAAAACUCAGUGCCACUGUGAACAGUACUCCGGCCCCUGGGACUAACCCCAGUACCAGUUCCACACUGAUUCCCAGCUUCAAACCACCAGACAGUGUGUCCAUCGGCUUUAAUUAUGGGCAGAUGCGUAAAUACGGGCAGUUCAGUCUGCUGUGUAAAGUACAUAAAGCUGCUCUUGUUGAAAACCUCACUGUGACCUUCUACAGAGGACAGACAGCACUGGGUCAACUACAGUCCAACAACACAGAGAAGAAACCAGUGACUGAGAUCCUCACUCUGAGCAUCAACACCAGUAAAGAAGAUGAUGGAGUCCAGUACUGGUGUGAAGCCAAACUGGAACUAGGACCUGAAGGACCACAGCCCCCUCUAGUGCUGACAUCAGAAAAAUUCAGUUCCCCUUGGACCAUACCCAGUACCAGUUCAACACCUAUUCCCAGCUUCAGUAUGUGUUUCAUGCUUUUAUUCUUUUCUCUGGUUUGAAUUCAUUCACACAGUUAUUAAGAGGCAGUUUGUUUCCAGAGCUGUAACAUGAACAGUCACUCUCCUGUAUAGCUUAUAUCUGCUGUGCACAAGUUGUUUUCACAAUGAAGUACUGAUAAUCAACCAUUAGAGUGCUGUAGUUUGUAAUCUACAACAUGAGCAAUGUUUGAAGUAAUAAUAAUGGAUUUUAUGCAUGCUAAUUCACUUAAAUGCAACAUGCAAUGAUUCCUGUUCAAGUAGACUGACAGUUACUUGAACUCAAGGUAAAAAUUCUCUUGUCAAAUCAUUUGAAAUCACAAUCAUGGUAUAUCUAAUAUACACAUACAUUAUUCUUCAAGCCUGUUUCCUCUCAUUACACAUGUAAAACAAAAACUUCAAUAAGUCUGUGACAGUUUGUGGUAGUUGUUAAAACUGAACACAUCACUGGGAAAAAAUGACAACUUGAUAUAAUAUUUGUUGCACUUCCACUUCAAGACUGUACAAGACUGCAAUUGCAAAUAAUGUUUUUCUGUUUAAUGAGAUUUGAUGAGGCUUCCAUGUGUCCUUCACAUCUCCCUCAGUCUCCUGUUAACUUUGCUUCAGCUUUUAAGGUGGGAGAAAUGACAUCUGUAUCAUUCUUACUGUUAAAGUGUAAUGUAACCUGAACUGUUAAAUUGAAGUAUUAGUUGUAGAAUCAGAUUUGUAUUUCAUGGAUUCUUUCUCUACUUUGAAUGGAGAUGUUUUCUCCUUUGACUUUUGACCUAUAUUUUUCUGGUUUCUGCCUCUUGAUUUCUUGAUUAUGUGGACAUGGUUUUGUAUCAGGUCUUCCUUAAAUUGGCCUUAAGAUGAUUUGUAACUCCUGUCCUAGUAUAGGCUGUUAUUGAAAUGCAUUUAAACUAAAUAAACUAUGCUUUAUUUUAGAUUUUCUUUCUCUUUUUUAGGCUGAGUCAGAGAAGAUAAAAAAUAUGUGUAUUAUGGAAAGUACCCUUUAAAAUGAAUAUGGAGGGAGAAACUUCUAAAGGUGUCUUAUCUUAUCUGCAGCUGUACAAUGCAGCACUUUCAUUUCCACAAGUUAUGAACUUGUGGAAGAAAUUACAGUGGAAAGAAUUCAGACAGGAUGUAUUAUACGAAAACAGGUAACAAUGAUAACAUUGUUCUACUGCAGUAGAAAAUCUGAGGGAGUGAAUUCUUAAAGUGCAUUCAUUCUCUGAGUGGGUUUUUUUUUAUCGUGCUUCUGAAGAGAAUA